CUAGCUUGACACUUUUCCCUAGAUUUCCUCGGACCCUUCCUCGUGCGCAUCGUCCAAUUAGUCUCAGAUACAAUGGCGUGUGGACAGAGAAGAAGACGGCAUUUUAUGCAUACCUGGUUUUGUUCAACAGCACAAGUUUGUGCGGUACUGCUGUUUGCCGUCCCUGUGACGAGUACCCCAGCCUGGCGAUGUUUCCCUAAUGACACAAUUGUGGUGGAGAACCCGGGUGGAUCGACACGUGUGUUCACUAACAACGACAGCAAGAAGUGCACCGCAGAUUGGGUUCCUAACAAGUUGGCCGCCAUUAUCACUGGAUGUGAGAAAGAUAAUGUUGUUGAAGUGACGUUUUUCACGCAUGACUUCACUAGCCCUGAUGUGUACGGAGGGCCGAAUGCGCUGACAUACUCGUUCAAAUGUAAAGAGAUCUCAGAGUCAGGAGAGUUCCACACCAUUUCAGUCUCUCUACAGGCUAAUGAUCUGGUGAUAGAGAAGAGGAUAUACCCUACAUUUGCUGUGAGAUCAAAGAUGUUCCUAGAUGACACAGAAGAAGACAUUGCAGAAACAGUACCCGCAGGGACGCCAAUAUGGUGGACCAUAGAAACUAUACCGACUUUUGUGAUGAAGCCAGAACACUGCUGGGCAUAUGGAGGUCAAGAAGUGCUCGAUGAUGUGCCCAAAGUCCAGUUGAUACAGAACGGGUGCACAAUAGACUCGAGCUUGUGUUCAAACUUCAUGUGGAACACUGCAAACAAUGGGUCCAAGAUCAAUGCUGCCCUGAUCGGCUUCCGGUUUUAUGGAUCAGACUACAUCACCCUCCAGUGCUCCAUGCGCAUGUGUCCGUCCGAUACAUCAAACUUCUGUGAUUGGAAUUGUUCUUCAACAAAACGGAAGAGAUCUUACCUAACGGAAAGUGAUGGCAGUGAGACCAAGUCAGAAACAAGAAGCGUUCUCUACAGCCUCAGGAUAACAGACAAUGAUUUAAUUUUUUCUUCUGAGGCAACACAUCUAGAGACAGAGUGUGUGUGGCUCUUCCUGGUUUGGCUGUGUACCCGUUUCCUGUGACCCUUGUCCCUAAGUCUGAUGUUACUUCCUGAUACAUGAUGUCACCUUUACAACACAUGCUUUGGGCCUG